CACACCCUGAUGUGGUGGAGUGGGUUAAAGUGCACCGGCCAAGCACAAGACAGUGGUGUGUGUCGCUUAAUGGCGGAGAGUCACACAGAGCCCAGAGCACAAAACUACUGCCAGGAGUAAACAGGAAAGUUAAGACGCCAGCGGAGUAUCGGUGGGACUGCGUCGGAGUGAGAGACAGAGACUGAGAGAUAGAGGAACAGAGAGAGAGAGAGGGAGGGAGGGAGAGAGAGACAGAGAGAGAAACAGAGAGUGUGAGAGAGAGACUGAGAGAGAGAGAGACACACAGAGAGACUGAGAAACAGAGUGAGACAGAGAGAGAGGGUCAGAGACAGAGAGGGAGAGAGAGACUGGGACAGAGAGAGACUGGGACAGAGAGAGAGGGACAGAGAGAGAGAGAGGGACAGAGACAGAGACAGAGGGACAGAGAGAGAGGGACAGAGACAGGGCGGGAGAUAUUGACUGGGAACUGAACGCUGUAAACUUCAACUGAAACUCACAUCGGGAGCAACGAGAAGGGACAGGAAAAGGCAUUUUUUUUUUCUUAAAACAAGAAGAGGUCUAUUUUUAGUCGGAGACUUUUUUCCCCCCAGGUUUGCUGGUUAAAUCGUUAUUUAUUUCAACUUUGCGAUUACUGAAGGUUGUUUUUUUUGAAAUAGUAUUCCUCUACUGCUGCUUGUGGGGAAGUUUGAACGGGCACAGACACACAGCGAGAGAGACAGAGACAGAGAGAGAGAGGGGGGAGGAGGUAAAACAGGAAACAAAAACUACCCGGACAAGUUUAAACCCAGAGUGGAUGUGUUCAGAUGUUGCGCCGGGCAUGGGGUCGGCUGUUCUAUGAAGAGGUAGAGAGCUUGGUUAGAGGAGGACAUUGGAAAGGAGGUGGGGGUCAGGAUGCUUGGCUUGUGAAUUUUUCCCCCCCCCAAUGUAGAUAAGGGAAUUCCUUGCACCCAAGACUAAGCAAGUUGGGGAGGAGGAUAUGAGGUUUGUUUUGUGAUAUAUAUAUAUAUUUUUUUUUCAAAUGAAGAUUUGGGAUCCUCGCACCCAAGGCUGAGGUGGGAGGAGGAAGGAUCUUUGUGUUGUGAUUUUUAUUUUAAAUUAAGAUAAGGAUCCUUGUAUCCAAGACAGAGGGAAAGGACUUUUGUCUUCUGAUUUUUUUUAAUGGAGUUUGGGAUCUUUGUAUCCAAGAUUGAAGGGGUCGGAGAGGGGGAAAGGACAUUUGUCUUCUGAUUUUGAUCAAGAUUGAGAUCCUAGUAUCCAAGACUGAGUUGGGUGGAGAACGAGACUGAUUGGACAUAAUGCUGAACAGGUAGGAGCGUAGAGCCAGAUCUUCUCUCCAUCCCUGAUGGAGCCUUUGAGAAACAUCAUCGGUAGGGCCUCCUGGACAUCUCAGAGGUCCCCAGCCAACAAGGAGAUAGAAGGAGCCUUUGUUAACCCCAUGUGGACAGCCCUGUUUGACUACGAGGCCCUGGCCACGGAUGAGCUCACCCUUCGCAAGGGGGACCAGGUGGAGAUCCUAUCCAAGGACUCGGCCAUCUCGGGCGACGAGGGCUGGUGGGCCGGCAAGCUCCGUGACCGGGUGGGCAUCUUCCCGGCCAACUACGUCUCGUCCGCGCCGGCGGCCUACGCCAAGCUGCCGGCCAGCCGGCAGGAGGAGCUGCCCACGCCGCGGGAGGUGGCCUUCAGCGAGCUGGCCCUCCAGGAGGUCAUCGGGGUGGGCGGCUUCGGCAAGGUGUACCGGGCCCGCUGGCGGGGCCGGCUGGUGGCGGUGAAGGCGGCGCGGCAGGACCCGGACGAGGACGUCAGCGCCACCGCCCAGAACGUGCGGCAGGAGGCGCGCCUCUUCGCCAUGCUCCAGCACCUCAACAUCAUCGGGCUGAUGGGCGUUUGCCUACAGGAGCCCAACCUCUGCCUCAUCAUGGAGUACGCCUCGGGGGGGGCGCUGAACAGGGCGCUGGCUGGUCGCAGGAUUCCCCCGCACGUCCUGGUCAACUGGGCCGUGCAGAUCGGCCAGGGGAUGCGGUACCUCCACGAUGAAGCCAUCGUACCUGUCAUCCACCGCGACCUCAAGUCCAACAACGGCGAGGACUCUUCCUUUGGCAUCAUAGUAAACCUCCUUAUGACUUUCAUACCCCAAAGUUGUCUGACGCUUUGGGGCGUGGAUGGGAGCUCCCCCUUUGUAUAA